UCAGCUCUCAGGGUGUGUCUAGACUACAGGGUUUUGUCGACGAAAGUGGACUUUUGUCAACAAAGCUAAACCUGCAUCCACACUGCCUUUGAGUUGUGUCGACAUAACUUCAACAUAACUCAGCACUUUUGUUGCCGGCUGUAAACCUCAUUCCACGAGGAAUAACUCCUUCGUUGACGUAGUUCUGUCGACAAAAGGGCUGUGUGGAUGCAGGGGAAAAGUUAUGUCGACAGAAAAAGCCUCCAGGAAGGACGCCUGGUGGACACUCCUGCCACAGCUUGCAACUCUACUGUUCCUGCCUGCAGCCAUCUUUAAAAGGCACAGGCACCCAGAAUCAGCAGCCUGGCUGCAAGACAGCUCCAGCCAGGAUCCUGACUAUGCAGCUCUUCCUGGUAGGGGCAGUCAGGAGACAUGUCGCAGGGACAAGCCCCCCAGGAGUCCCCGGGCCCUUCCAGGGAAACAUCCCCCCCGCCACAGGAACCCUGGGGCACUAAACGGGAGGCACCCUCCUGGUCUGGCUCUGAGAUUAAAGCCCUUUUGGAGCUGUGGGCUGAGGCAGCGGCUCUUCAGCUCCCACAGGCCAGGAGCUGAAUGUGGACAUUUACAGCAGAAUGGCAGAUGGCCUGGCCAGGAAAGGCCACCACCCCCGCACGGCACUGCAGGUCAGAGCCAAGGGGAAGGAGCUGAGGUAGGGUACAUCAGGGCCUGUGAGCGCAGCUCCCGCUCCUGGGAAAGGCCAUACACCUGCACCUACUACAAGGACCUGGAUACGAUCCUGGGGGCAGGGGAACCCUUGCCUCCCAAGAAGCUUGUGGAGUCUGCCAUGGAGACCCCUGUGCAGCAGCAGCUGCAACUCCUGCCAGAUGACCCGGAGCUCCAAGAGGAGGAGGAGGAGGAGGACAGCACCAGGAGCACCCAGGAGCCAGAUGCCCAGACACAGGAGGCCUCCCAGGAAACUUUGGACACCGAGGAGGGAACAGCAGCCGGUCCACCUGACCAGGAGGGGGAAGCCACACCUGCCCCACCACCCAGACAGCCACAGGGAACCCAGCGGCACUGGUGCACCAACACGUAGGAGUCUUGCAAAGGAUGCAGGACUCCAUGGAGAGGAGGCUGGAGGCAGAGGCCGAUGGCGCCAGCAGUUGCUGGUUGAAUUCACCCAGCAGAGCAGGGAUAUCUGCACAGCAAUCGGGGAGGCCAUGGCCUUCCGCAGUCCUGUGCCUGGUCCUGCCCCUCCUCCUCAGCCUGCCCACCCCCCAGACCCUGCUCCCCCCUCAGCCCCUGCCAUCCCAGACCGAGGUACAGCCCCACCUCCUGCCCAGCCCCCUACUGUCCUAGCCAGGUGUGAGGUGUGAGAAGGCCUCCACAGCCGAAGUGCCAGGGGCUCUUCCUCCAGGCAGUCCCCUCAGCUCUGAGCCUCCCUCCCCCCUUCCAAGUUGACAUUCCCCCUUCCCACCUGGGAGUCACUGAGGGAAGCACUUUAGUUUGUUUACAAAUACUUUAUUUGGUUUGAACAGAAGAGUUUUAUAUUGUCUCUGAACAAAAGAGUUUUAUAUGUUAGUUUUUCAAUGAAGGAACAGUGCAAUAAACAGUUCGAAUGUUUUCACCAACCCCUGUCUCUGUCCUCAGUGUGUGAAUGGGUUUUGGGGAAGAAGGCAUUGGGGACAUGGGGUAAUCCCCCACAGUUGGAAGGCCCUGGGGAAACUCAUUGGCCUCCAUGGGAGAACUGCUUUCUCAAGGCUUCUCGAAUGCGCAAACCCAGCUGGUGGGCUUGCUGGCCGGCAGCUGUCUAGGGCUACUCAAAGUGUCCCCCCUCCACAUCAGCCCUUGACCCCCAUGUUCUCCUUUCCUUUCCACCAAGUUGUGCAGCACACAGCAUGUUGCAACCACAUCAGGGAAGUUGUGUUCCCCCCACAUCCAGCCGUGUGAGCAGGCACCUAAACCUGCCCUUCAGAUGGCCGAAGGCGCACUUGCCUCCAGGUGUAGUCCUAUUGAGGCGGGAAUUCCCUGCUCUCAUCCAGGUGGUCAGUGUAGGGCUUCAUGAGCCAGGCAUGAGAGGAUAGGCCACAUCAGCCACGAUGCACGUAGGCAUCUGCACAUCCCCGACUGCCGGUUCCUCUCUGGGAAUAAUGCUGCAGCCUGCGGUACAGGUAAGAGUUCCUGCCCCAUCGUGUGCCCGGCCUGACCACCCGACACAAAUGUCAGUGAACUGUCCCUAAGUUGACCAGGGCCUGCAACAACAUGGAAAAGUAACCCUUCCUGUUGAUGAACUGUGCUGCUCAAUGGAGCGGGGUGCAGAUGGGGAUGUGGGUCCUGUUAAGUGCUCCACCAC